AUGACGGAGGCCGGCUCUGACGGGUGGGUCCUAAUUCUCGGUCGUUACGGAUAUCCGGAAAUAUCAAGUGGGCUGGACCCGGCAGUAUAUGCCACCCUUCAGAAGCUGAAGGCCAAACAAGGUCUUACAGUCUUGGACAUCGGGGAGGUGGGCAGUGGUGAGUUGGAGUACAUGGCGAAGCUUAGGGAGUUGACUGGUGCUUCGAAGAUCGUGAGGCGUGACCCGGCGUUAUCGUUUCUGCCGACGUUUCAGCAAGAGCCCGAGUUGCCGGGUACAACUUUCACCAGUUCAGGGGCCGCUCUGGCGCUGGGGCCGUAUCACCUGGUGGUCUUAGAUGAGUACGAGCACUUGUGGGUGGCGAGUACGGAGGCGGGCGGCCAGAAUGAGUCCGAGAAUUUGCCUUUGGUGGAACUAAUUCCGCCGCCACCGUUGCCGUUGAAUGUGGGGACAGCUGAAGUCAUUUACGUCCAUCGGAACGAUGCAUGGAAUAUUGCUCGCGAAAGAAACACGGGUGCUCUCUUAGUGAGAUGCCCGUCUUUAACGAAGAGAGAUUUUCUACUCUCCCCCGUCCCUCCCGAAACGCUUCCUGUCAAUGCAUCUGUAGAUGCUCCUCUAACCUCGCAUAAUAACAAAGAAUACGCAGGCGGGCUCUUAUUGCUCGACUUGGCUCAACAUAAAAUCUAUGAAUACGAAUGGUGGCUUGACCCGUAUCGACCCGGACCCGACAACAAUCGACCCAACGCCAAAGACGUACGGCCCCGCUGCCAGGUCUACAACUGCCGUCAACCCGUGUAG